GUGUGUCUGGACUCCAUUAGGGGGUUGCAGCUGUUUUGAGAGAAACAACAACAAAAACGGAGCGACUGACGGGACUAGCUACCACAGAGUCAGUUCGUUCUCAGCCGGUUACGAAGGCUGAAUCCUGGGAGCUAAAACCUCCUUUCCCACCCGGGGCUUCGCCGGCUUCUAACCACGGCCGCUCUCGGUGAGGAAACUCUGGCCUCCGCUUCCUUCUCCUCCGGCUCGGACACCGACGGAGCGUCGCCGCCCCCGCGGAAGAAACACCGAGCCUCGGCGGCGGAGGGAGCAGGAGAGCCCGGGGCUUCAACAGUUGCGACAGGCCUUUCUGGAGUUGUUUUGGGACUUACUACUACUUCUCCACAUCUCCAAGCCACCUCUGCUAUUCACUUUAACAGAACCCCUGUCAACAAUCUCAGCGGCAAUAACAUGCAGUCAAACGGGGCAGGACAGGGACAGGAUCCGGAGCUUUCCUGCCUUAACAGUGCACCUAACGGGGAGUCAUCCUCGGCUGCGGGAACGCACUCCAAUGGGGUUCUGACCAGCACAAACAAUGGGAAUAGUGUUGGAGCGGGACUGGGGUCUGGGUCCUGCGUCGCCUCCACAUCCUCGGGUUCGGGCUUGGAGGUCGGCUCCAUGAAAAAGAAGAAACGACUUUCGCAGUCUGAAGAAGAUGUUAUCCGAUUAAUAGGACAACAUCUCGACGGGUUAGGGCUAAAGUAAGUUUACACGAUGUGUCAUUCGAACGAAAAGCUCCUGAAGUAUACAAGCACAUUAAAUAUUAUUUAUUUGUGCGUGUUUAGAGCGAAACUGCAUGGUGGCAGUUGAUAAAAACGGAAUUCUGCGGUUGACAGACAAACAUGGGGGAGGGGGUAGUUAGCUAGCAAGCUAACGUUAGUUGAAGGAGAAGGGGUCCAUCUUGCACAAUACAGAGUGGUAGCUAGAUAGCGCAACUAACUGUUAGCUAGCCUUCGUUAUGGUGUUUAUUCUGAUGUUUAUACAGAAUAAAAACACAAGACAUUUCACAAUUUGGUUGGCUACAUUGACCUCACAUCAACAACUUUUUUUCAGUGAGUAGCUAGGCUAGUUAGCUAGUUGAACUGUGCGUGUUGUGGCUUGUAUAAUGUUAUCUAGCGAUAUUUUUUACACGGAUUGAAAUCGCAUUACAUCACCUUGUAAUCCAGCGAAACAGCCAUAAUGAUUUGUGGCUACAAAUUACGUAUAUAACCAUAGGACGUAUUUGAUCAUAGCCUGUCAUAUGAGAGGGCCGAUUAGAUUUGGCCUGUUUUAUUUAUACUGUGGCACCAUGUAGAGUAGUUUUCUGAAAUGAAAUAUCUGCAUUUAGAGGAUUGCGCAGAAGUGCGUAGGGAAAACAACAAUACGCUGUUUCACAGUGUCGGUUAGUUUUUUGUUCUGUUAUCCCUUAUUUGUCCCUUUCGAUGGCUUAGGUUUUAUUAUUACAUUGACAUUUGGUUUUUACAACGGGAACGUCGGUAUUAUAGGAGUUUUGUGUGAUACAUUAUUGUGAAGUAGAAAAACGGAAGGGGGCAUUUUGUAUCCACUCAGUGGUUCUUUUGAAACCUUUGAGUGGCGUUCGUCUUCAACGACAACAACCAUUAGCUAUCAUAUAGCCCCCUUAUCAUACCACUGCACUGUUACGUUUAUCUUUCGAACUGCUUAUGUGAUCUGAGGUUAUUGUCAUCUUCUUUAUUUGUCUGCAAAUAAGUCUGUGUCACUCAUGUCAACAAUGUCCAGUAGUAUAAAUAAGGACAUACAAAAUCGCAAUGUAUAGCACUGGAUGCACUUAGUCAGAGUGAUAUUUAACUCGUUUUAUCAUUAUUGGUGGUAGUGGCUCGUGAAGUAGUCAGAACGGCUUCCCCACUGGGGUAUGGUUUCAUGGCGGCUCUUGAAUUCGCGUCUAACCAACUGUUUCAGAUUAGAAACGUUGGUUGAAUCUAAUAAUAGAUAGCGCAAGCUGAACCCAUCGGGACUCCGCAGGAACACUAUUUUGAGCCCUCCAUGGCUAAAUUGGCCCCUGUCACCAUAAUGGACUGUUAAUGCAGUGUUCGAUAGACCCAGACUGCUACUGCUCGCCACUGACUGUUUGCCAGUGGAACUGCCAUUACACGGCCUGUUUGGGUAUGUUUAUAUGGGGAAUAUAUACAUGCAUUGUCUGCUAUGGAACUGACACCCAUACGUUUCAAAUGUGGUAUGGCAAGUGAGAACCGUGUUGGACCCAGCAGGGUGAUGCUGAAAACACUGCUGCGCCAAUCUCUUCUUUGAUACCUGAGGAUGAUGUCAUCGUGCCUUGGUGUCAGUACACCCUCCCUCCACUCCAUUUUAGCACAGACACCUUUUCAGCACACUUAUAGAGAUUUACACAAAGGCACUCAGUUGUCAGGUCUGUUCUAGAAUGAUAACUAAUGCCACUUCUCUUAUUGCUGGAUAUGGUUUAGAUGUUAUGUCUGUUUUUCUCCCUCAUUCUCUCCUUUGUCUGUCUGGUAUAACAUAUCAGGUCCAUUGCCUGGCUUGUUGGCCAAUAUUAAGGAAACAUUUGCUAUAAACAUUUAGGCAAUUAAUGUUUAAUCCGCCUCUGGUCAAUUUGAUUUUGUGCUGACAUUUCAGUUCCUUUACAUUCUGUACGUUCAUGUCUGUCUUGUUGUUCUAAUGUUCAGUUAACGUUUGCAAUACACAUUGAGGUAAUGUUUCCCCCCUCUCUUCUCCGCAGUCAAACAGUGGACCUGCUGAUGCAGGAGUCGGGCUGCAGACUGGAACAUACCUCAGCCACGAAGUUCCGCAACCACGUCAUGGAGGGGGAGUGGGACAAGGUGGGUCCCAGGUUACCAUAGUUACACCUGCACCUAUAAUGCUAUGCUUAACUUUAGAGCAUGGUUCUGUUACUAAGUAUAAGUAUCUAUCACAUGUACAACACCAACGUUAGGCUACAUAUGGAGUAAAUUAAACAGUGCUAUUAAUAAACAUAGGUGCCAAUCAAAAGAUUGGAACUCUGUGAUUUAAAUAUAUGUACGUUCCUAUUAAGGGGUCUUUUUAAGAAUGUGUUAUUUGAUCAUAAAACUAGCUCAGUUUGCUGAACUUUCUCUUCUACAUUGACCCAAAAUGCUCCCAUUCCAAGAGCCUUGGGCUUGUAAAAUCCCAUAAAUGUACAGAUACUACUGCGCACUAUCUGAACUGUAGCAACAAAAUGGCUUCGCACACCAUGAUAAUGACAAUUAUUGACUUCCUCCACUGAGAAAGUGUUGUUUCUGGUGGUACCUUGUAGUGGUCAACUGUUUUGAUUUGUUGUUUUUGUGGAGAGAAAGUGCUGAGCCAACUAUUUGUCUCCCCUGCCUCUUUCUCUUGUUUUGGUCCAGGCUGAGAAUGAUCUCAACGAGCUGAGAGCACUGAUGCAUUCUCCCAACGCUAUUGUGGUAAGCCCAAACCUGACCAUAUAGACAGUCAGCCAUGCAGUGAAAGGGUAUACACAGGUUCUAGAACGGUUCUGUCCCAAACCUGACUGUUCUAGAUUAGAAAGUGGGCGGCAGGUAGCCUAGCGGUUAAGAGCGUUGGGCUAGUAACCGCGAAAGGUCGCUGGUUAGAAUCCUCGAGCCGACUAGGUGAAAAAUCUGUCCCUUGAGCAAGCCACUUAACCCUAAUUGCUCCUGUAAGUUGCUCUGGAUAAGAGCGUCUGCUAAAUAACUGAAAUGUAAAUAGAAAGUCCCCCCUUUGUGAGGCGUAUCCUUUCUGACUGUGGAAUUUCAAGUGUUCUGAAAUGCCUUGGAGGGACUGAAUGGAAUGUUUACAACAGAUAUCCUCAUACAUGGGGGUAUAAUAUCCUGCAUUUAGUCAUUUGCUAGUCAGAUGGCAAGUGUAGGGAAUGUUUCUCAAUUACAUUUUGCCACCACUAGUAUUAUUCGACAAAAGCAUAGUUGUAUAAUCACAUUGCUAGUGUUUAAUGUUGGAUUAUUGAGUUAAUCAUUGAUUAAUUCAGUCAACUGUAUAUCUUGUAUAUUUAUAUAUAUAUUUUUAUAUCUUAUAGCCUAAAAUCCAUGCAUAUUCUGGUGGAGCCCUGAGAUGGAGUUCAUAUGUCAUUCAGCUCUUCUGCGAUUGUAAAUGAGGGGAGUCGCCUCUCCCAUGGGUACAGCACAUUCAGAAGUCAACUAAAGAACACUCAGAGGACUGCAGCUAGACUAAAUUAUACUUAUCAGACCUAGCUAGCUCAUUAGGAGACAGGAUAGGCUAGAUCUCAAAAUGGUCUCCUGUGGCUUAGCUUCGUCUUGCACCUGUGGGGUUUUAUGUUGCACUUACUAGCUGUAAGCCAAGGGCUUGUUAUUGCAAAUGCAAUCCAUUUUAACUGUAAGAGGUUGGCUAUCCUAUUUUAUGCAUGUCUAAAAACAAAUAGCAUUUUUUUGCCCUGCAUUAUAGCAAGACUGCAUGCAAGAUACUUUUAUAUACAGUGGGGAGAACAAGUAUUCGAUACACUGCCGAUUUUGAAGGUUUUCCUACUUACAAAGCACGUAGAGGUCUGUAAUUUUUAUCAUAGGUACACUUCAACUGUGAGAGACGGAAUCUAAAACAAAAAUCCAGAAAAUCACAUUGUAUGAUUUUUAAGUAAUUAAUUUGCAUUUUAUUGCAUGACAUAAAUAUUUGAUACAUCAGAAAAGCAGAACUUAAUAUUUGGUACAGAAACCUUUGUUUGCAAUUACAGAGAUCAUACGUUUCCUGUAGGUCUUGACCAGGUUUGCACACACUGCAGCAGGGAUUUUGGCCCACUCCUCCAUACAGACCGUCUCCAGAUCCUUCAGGAUGUCGGGGCUGUUGCUGGGCAUUACAGACUUUCAGCUCCCUCCAAAGAUUUUCUAUUGGGUUCAGGUCUGGAGACUGAUUGACAGUCAUCUUGAACUUCUUCCAUUUUCUAAUAAUUGCGCCAACAGUUGUUGCCUUCUCACCAAGCUGCUUGCCUAUUGUCCUGUAGCCCAUCCCAGCCUUGUGCAGAUCUACAAUUUUAUCCCUGAUGUCCUUACACAGCUCUCUGGUCUUGGCCAUUGUGAAGAGAUUGGAGUCUGUUUGAUUGAGUGUGUGGACAGGUGUCUUUUAUACAGGUAACGAGUUCAAACAGGUGCAGUUAAUACAGGUAAUGAGUGGAGAACAGGAGGGCUUCUUAAAGAAAAACUAACAGGUCUGUGAGAGCCGGAAUUCUUACUGGUUGGUAGGUGAUCAAAUACGUAUGUCAUGCAAUAAAAUGCAAAUUAAUUACUUAAAAAUCAUACAAUGUGAUUUAUUGGAUUUUUGUUUUAGAUUCCGUCUCUCACAGUUGAAGUGUACCUAUGAUAAAAAGUACAUGCUUUGUAAGUAGGAAAAUCGGCAGUGUAUCAAAUAUUUGUUCUCCCCACUAUAUAGUGUAUGUGGACACCCCUUCAAAUGAGUGGAUUCGGCUAUUUCAGCCACACCGGUUGCUGACUAGUAUAUAAAAUAGAGCGCACAGCCAUGCAAUCUCCAUAGACAAACAUUGGCAGUAGAAUGGCCUUACUGAAAAGCUCAGUGACCUUCAACGUGGCACUGUCAUAGGAUUCCACCUUUCCAAUAAGUCAGUUGGUCAAAUUUCUGCCAUGCUAUAGCUGCCCCGGUCAACUGUGAAUGCUGUUAUUGUGAAGUGGGAAUGUCUAGGAGCAACAACGGCUCAGCCGCGAAGGGGUAGGCCACACAAGCUCACAGAACGGGACCGCUGAAGGUUUGUCUGUCCUUGGUUGCAACACUCACUACCGAGUUCCAGACUGCCCCUGGAAGCAACGUCAGCACAAUAACUUUUCGUAGGGAGCUUCAUGAAAUUGGUUUCCAUGGCCGAGCAGCCGCACACAAGCCUAAGAUCACCAUGCGCAAUGCCAAGCGUCGGCUGGAGUGGUGUAAAGCUCUGAAGCAUUGGAAACGCGUUCUCUGGAGUGAUGAAUCACUCCUCACCAUCUGGCAGUCCGACGGACAGAUCUGGGUUUGGCGGAUGCCAGGAGAACGCUACCUGCUCGAAUGCAUAGUGACAACUGUAAAGUUUGGUGGAGGAGGAAUAAUGACCUGGGGCUGUUUUUCAUGGUUCGGCCUAGGCCCCUUAGUUCCAGUGAAGGGGAAAUAUUAAUGCUACAGCAUACAAUGAAAUUCUAAACGAUUAUGUGCUUCCAACUUUGUGGCAACAGUUUGGGGAAGGCCCUUUCGUGUUUCAGCAUGACAAUGCCCCUGUGCUCAAAAGAAAGGUCCAUACAGAAAUGGUUUGUCGAGAUCGUUGUGGAAGAACUUGACUGGCCUGCACAGAGCCCUGACCUCAACCCAGUCUAACACCUUUGGGAUGAAUUGGAACGCCGACUGUGAGCCAGGCCUAAUCACCCAAAAUCAUUACCCGACCUCACUAAUGCUCUUGUGGCUGAAUGGAAGCUAGUCACCGCAGCAAUGUUCCAACAUCUAGUGGAAAGCCUUCACAGAAGAGUGGAUGCUGUUAGAGCAGCAAAGGGGGACCAACCCCAUUCCAUGAUUUUGGAAUGAGAUGUAGUGUAUGUCAACCUGGAAUGGCUGCUACUAUGAUUAUGGUUGGCACUUGCCGAUGGUAAUUUAUAUGCCAGAGUCAUGGUUAUAAUUGAAAACGUAAGACUGUGUUGGUCCUUCUCACAGGGUGUGUGUCUGUUGUGUGCACAUGCUGUAUGUUUUACAGUGCGUUAAGUCGUCUCUUGGGCUGUGGCAGACACUGCAGGCCCAAGAUAAGACAAACUCCCUUUAUUAAUACCAGAAAAGUCACAACUGACCAAAAUACCCAGACUGGUUAACACUCUUGUUUGUUGUCACAAGUAUUAAGUUAAUAAGGAAGUGGCCAGUUACAGCUGGCACAGUGAGGUCUCCGGGGUUAAGCCAACGCCCACCACGUGUGCCCAAGGCCAACCAUAGGCGCCGGUUCACUCUCACCAUGGCAAUGCUGCCUGUCACACAAACGAUGUUGGUAUGAGUGCCUGCCCCCUUUGGAGCACAGGAUUAGUCGUUGGGGGGUUGUGUUUUGAAUCUAUCAACCCCCCCUCCCACUUAUUUUCUCAAAUUUCCUCGCCCCUCUGUCUUCAUCUCCCGCUCUCCACCUUUCUCUUCUCCAUCUAUCUCUACCCCUUUCCUUGCCUCCCUCUCUCUGUAGCGUAUGAAGUUCCUGCUCCUGCAGCAGAAGUAUCUGGAGUACCUGGAGGACGGGAAGGUUCUCGAGGCGCUGCAGGUGCUCAGGGGAGAGCUCACUCCGCUCAAGUAUAACACGGACCGCAUCCAUGUUCUCAGCGGGUACGUCAUUACAUAUCAAUCACUUUAUUAAUCUAGCUAGCCUAAUAAAGAUGUCACUCAACACACUUCCCCCCCACACAGUCAGUAUGCCAUUGUAGUCCCUUCCGAUCAUAUCAAUCAACUAUCUGAUCAAUCAAGCACAAACAUCAUCCACAUAUUCAGUGGGUUCGUCUAUUACUUGAUUAACAUAAGUCAAGUAGUCAACACAAGUCAAUCAUCAACUGUUAUGCUGUCAAGUACAACUUGGACAUUAUCCAAAUAUUCAGCAUGUAAAGAAAACAAUCAUGCCAACUGCUGCAUACUCAGUAGGUAUAUCAGUUAUUGAAAACAUGUAUAUUAUAAGGACAAACUAACAACCAACUUUGCAUCAGUGGUUGAUCAGUCGUCACAUUGUCCUAGUUCGAUCUGUGUCUUUGGAUUAAUAACCAGGUUAUACAGUGUUAUUACAGUAAAUACAGGUUAAUAAUACUGUUAUUACAGGUCAUGCAUAACAGUGAUUUAUCCAGAGGUGUGUGUUGUAGGCUGACUCGUGUUGUGUUGUGUAGGUAUCUGAUGUGUAGCCAUGCAGAGGACCUGCGUGCCAAGGCUGAGUGGGAGGGCAAAGGCACAAACUCCCGCUGCCGACUACUAGACAAGCUACAGAGUGAGAACACUGAGCACACACAUUUUAAAUACUGCCAAUAACUGCUGAAACGGAGCAGACUACCUAGCCAGUUGUUUUGCUCUACUCUUAGGCAGGCCUGUAAUCUGAAAGCCGCAUACCAUAGGCCUAUGUAUGUACUGUACGUGGCCCAGACUGCCAAAUAUAACACCACUAACUUGCAUUUGUAUCCCAGGCUGUCCAAGCGUGACAUGAGGGGCUGGUAUUGAAGGAACUUUUCAGAAAAGGCCUGCUCCAUGUAACAAUGGAAUGAGCAGCCCACUUCCCAAAUCAGCUUCUCCCUCUUGCCUCCCCCAUAACAACAGUAUCUGACUUAUUCGGUAUUCAAGAAAACACAUUAUCAUCAUCAAAUCAGGCUCUUCUGACGAGAAUGUUUGUGUACAGUGCCAUGAGAAAAUAUUCACACCCUUUGAUUUACAAGGUGGGGUUAAAAUGUAUUUAAUUGUCAUUGUUUUUGUCAACUAUCUACACAAUCAUUUGAUAAUAAAACACUAAUAUAUCUUGAUUACAUAAGUAUUCAACCCCCUGAGUCAAUACAUGUUAGAAUCACCUUGGCACCGAUUUACAGCUGCAAGUCUUUCUGGGUAGGUUUCUCUUAAGAGCUUUCCACACCUGGAUUGUGCAACAUUUGCCCAUUUAUUAUUUUCAAAAUCGGUCAAAUUGGUUGUUGAUCAUUUCUAGACAACCUUUUAAAGUGUUGCCGUAGAUCUUUAAGUAGAUUGAAGUCAAAACUGUAACUCUGCCACUUGGGAACAUUCACUGUCUUCUUGGUAUGCAACUCCAGUGUAGAUUUGGACUUGUUUUAGUUUAUUGUCCUGAUGAAAGGUGAAUUCAUCUCCCAGUGUCUGGUGGAAAGCAGACUGAACCAGGUUUUCCUCUAGGAUUUUGCCUGUGCUUAGCUCCAUUCUGUUUAUUUUUUUUAUCCUGAAAAACUCUCCAGUCCUUAACAAUUAAUAUUUUUGGGGCAAAUCCAAUAAAACACAACACUUUGUAUUCAGGACAAAAAGUGAAUUGCUUUGCCACAUUUGUUGCAGUUUUACUUUAGUGCCUUGUUGCAAACAGAAUGUAUGUUUUGGAAUAUUUGUAUUCAGUAUAGGCUUAGUUUUUUUCACUCUGUCAAUUAGCUUAGUAUUGUGGAGUAAUAACUAUGUUGUUGAUUCCUCAGUUUUCUCCUAUCAAAUCCAUUAAACUCUAACUGUUUUAAAGUCACCAUUGGCUUCAUGGCGAAAUCCCUGAGCGGUUUCCGUCCUCUCCGCCAACUGAGUUAGGAAAGAGGGCCUGUAUCUUUUGUAGUGACUUGGUGUAUUGAUACACCAUCCAAAGUGUAGUUAAUAACUUCAAUGUCUGCUUUUUUUUCUUAUUUUUUCCCAGAAUCUAACAAUAGGAAACCUUUGAGGCAUUGGAAAACCUCCCUGGUCUUUGUGGUUGAAUCUGUGUUUGAAAUUCACUGCUCAACUUGGGGACCUUACAGAUAAUUGUAUGUGUGGGGUACAGAGAUGAAGUAGUCAUUCAAAAAUCAUGUUAAACACUUAUUGCACACAGAGUGAGUCCAUGUAACCUUUUAAACCACAUUUUUACUCCUGAACUUAUUUAGGCCUGCCAUAACAGAGGUUGAAUACUUAUUGACUCAAAACAUUUCAUUUUGUUAAUUUUUGAUUAAUUUGUAUACAAAAAAUUGAAAAACAUCAUUCCACUUUGACUUUAUGGGGUAGUCCAGUGCUGCUGUAGCUACAUCCGUCUGAUACUGAGGAGUGUUGUCUUUGAUGUAGGAUGAGAUGUUCCACACACACAAUACUUUUUUACAUUUAAUUUAGCUAGGCAAGUCAGUUAAGAACAAAUUCUUAUUUACAAUGACGGCUUACCUCGGCCAAACCCUCCCCUAACCCGGAUGACGCUGGGCCAAUUGUGUGCCGCCCUAUGAGACUCCCGAUCACGGCCGGAUGUGAUACAGCCCGGGAUCGAACCAGGGUCUGUAGUGAUGCCUCUAGCACUGCGAUGCAGUGCCUUAGGCCACUCGGGAGCCUAAAUACAUACUCAGCAAAAAAAGAAACGUCCUCUCACUGUAAACGGUGUUUAUUUCCAGUAAACUUAACGUGUAAAUAUUUGUAUUAACAUACGAUUCAACAACUGAGACAUAAACUGAACAAGUUCCACAGACGUGACUAACAGAAAUGGAAAAAUGUGUCCCAAAGGGGGGGUCAAAAGUAACAGUCAGUAUCUGGUGAGGCCACCAACUGCAUUAAGUACUGCAGUGCAUCUCCUCAUGGACUGCACCAUAUUUGCCAGUUCUUGCUGUGAGAUAUUACCCCACUCUUCCACCAAGGCACCUGCAAGUUCCCAGACAAUUCUGGGGGGAAUGGCCCUAGCCCUAGCCCUCACCCUCCGAUCCAACAGGUCCCAGACGUGCUCAAUGGGAUUGAGAUCCGGGCUCUUUGCUGGCCAUGGCAGAACACUGACAUUCCUGUCUUGCAGGAAAUCACGCACAGAACGAGCAGUAUGGCUGGUGGCAUUGUCAUGCUGGAGGGUCAUGUCAGGAUGAACCUGCAGGAAGGGUACCACAUGAGGGAGGAGGAUGUCUUCCCUGUAACGCACAGCAUUGAGAUUGCCUGCAAUGACAACAAGCUCAGUCCGAUGAUGCUGUGACACACCGUCCCAGACCAUGAUGGACCCUCCACCUCCAAAUCGAUCCUGCUCCAGAGUACAGGCCUCGGUGUAACGCUCAUUCCUUCAACGAUAAACGCGAAUCCGACCAUCACCCCUGGUGAGACUAAACCGCGACUCGUCAGUGAAGAGCACUUUUUGCCAGUCCUGUCUGGUCCAGCGAUGGUGGGUUUGUGCCCAUAGGCGACGUUGUUGCCGGUGAUGUCUGGUGAGGACUUGCCUUACAACAUGCCUACAAGCCCUCAGUCCAGCCUAUUGCGGACAGUCUGAGCACUGAUGGAGGGAUUGUGCGUUCCUGGUGUAAUUCGGGCAGUUGUUGUUGCCAUCCUGUACCUGUCCCGCAGGUGUGAUAUUCGGAUUUACCAAUCCUUUGCAGGUGUUACAUGUGGUCUGCCACUGUGAGGACGAUCAGCUGUCCGUCCUGUAGCGCUGUCUUAGGCGUCUCACAGUACGGACAUUGCAAUUUAUUGCCCUGGCCACAUCUGCAGUCCUCAUGCCUCCUUGCAGCAUGCUUAAGGCACGUUCACGCAGAUGAGCAGGGACCCUGGGCAUCUUUCUUUUGGGGUUUUUCAGAGUCCGUAGAAAGGCCUCUCUAGUGUCCUAAGUUUUCAUAACUGUGACCUUAAUUGCCUACCGUCUGAAUGCUGUUAGUGUCUUAACGACUGUUCCACAGGUGCAUGUUCAUUAAUUGUUUAUGGUUCAUUGAACAAGCAUGGGGACACAGUGUUUAAACCCUUUACAAUGAAGAUCUGUGAAAUUAUUUGGAUUUUUACGAAUUAUCUUUGAAAGACAGGGUCCUGAAAAAGGGACGUUUCUUUUUUUUUUGCUGAGUUUACAAUGGUACCUUCCAUAAACAGCUGCACACACACAUUCUACUUAAUAUAAAUACACACGCUACCUCACACAGCCUCAUGACACCUUAUACACAAACACUCACAUGGGGCUUCACAGGGGUCUAGGGAUGUACUUCAGACUGGACUAUAGUUUAACUCCUGGUCCUUCUUUCCAACUCACUUCCUCUCCAGCGUACCUGCCCCCGUCGGUGAUGCUGCCUCCACGCCGGCUGCAGACCCUGCUCAGACAGGCUGUGGAGCUGCAGAGAGACCGCUGCCUCUACCAUAACACCAAACUGGACAGCAGCCUGGACUCUGUCACCUUGCUCCUGGACCACGUCUGCAGCCGGUCAGCAACACACUCAGGGUGACAGUUUCUGCCAAACACAGCUGAAAUGUGCAAAAAAACAGACAACCUGACAACCUUUUCUUUUUACGAUGCUUACUGUAGACAUCUGUAAAGAUGGUGGCAAUUAUCUAUGCGGAUAUACAGUGACGGAAAAAAGUAUUUGAUCCCCUGCUGAUUUUGUACGUUUGCCCACUGACAAAGACAUGAUCAGUCUAUAAUUUUAAUGGUAGGUUUAUUUGAACAGUGAGAGACAGAAUAACAACAACAAAAUCCAGAAAAAUGCAUGUCAAAAAUGUUAUAAAUUGAUUUGCAUUUUAAUGAGGGGAAUAAGUAUUUGACCCCUCUGCAAAACAUGACUUAGUACUUGGUGGCAAAAACCUUGUUGGCAAUCAGAGGUCAGACGUUUCUUGUAGUUGGCCACCAGGUUUGCAUACAUCUCAGGAGGGAUUAUGUUCCACUCCUCUUUGCAGAUCUUCUCCAAGUCAUUAAGGUUUCGAGGCUGACGUUUGGGAACUCGAACCUUCAGCUCCCUCCACAGAUUUUCUAUGGGAUUAGGGUCUGGAGACUGGCCAGGCCACUCCAGGACCUUAAUGUGCUUCUUCUUGAGCCACUCCUUUGUUGCCUUGGCCAUGUGUUUUGGGUCAUUGUCAUGCUGGAAUACCCAUCCACGACCCAUUUUCAAUGCCCUGACUGAGGGAAGGAGGUUCUCACCCAAUAUUUGACAGUACAUGGCCCCGUCCAUCGUCCCUUUGAUGCGGUGAAGUUAUCCUGUCCCCUUAGCAGAAAAAUACACCCAAAGCAUAAUGCUAAUCCAGGCACUUGUCAUCUCCCGUCUGGAUUACUGCAACUCGCUGUUGGCUGGGCUCCCUGCCUGUGCCAUUAAACCCCUACAACUCAUCCAGAAUGCCGCUGCCCCAUCUGGUGUUCAACCUUCCCAAGUUCUCUCACGUCACCCCGCUCCUUCGCACACUCCACUGGCUUCCAGUUGAAGCUCGCAGCUGUUACAAGACCAUGGUGCUUGCCUAUGGAGCUGUGAGGGGAACGGCACCUCCGUACCUUCAGGCUCUGAUCAGUCCCUACACCCAAACGAGGGCAUUGCGUUCAUCCACCUCUGGCCUGCUAGCUCCCCUUCCUCUGCGGAAGCAUAGUUCCCGCUCAGCCCAGUCAAAACUGUUCGCUGCUCUGGCACCCCAAUGGUGGAACAAGCUCCCUCACGGCGCCAGGACGGCGGAGUCGCUCACCACCUUCCGGAGACAUUUGAAACCCCACCUCUUUAAGGAGUACCUGGGAUAGGAUAAAGUAAUCCUUCUACCCCCCCCCCUAAAAAAAAAAAAAAAAAAAAAUGGUAAAGUGGUUAUCCCACUGGCUAUAGGGUGAAUGCACCAAUUUGUAAGUCGCUCUGGAUAAGAGCGUCUGCUAAAUGACGUAAAUGUAAAUGUAAAUGUUUCCACCUCCAUGUUUGACGGUGGGGAUGGUGUUCUUGGGGUCAUAGGCAGCAUUCCACCUGCUCCAAACACGGCGAGUUGAGUUGAUGCCAAAGAGCUCGAUUUUGGUCUCAUCUGACCACAACACUUUCACCCAGUUCUCCUCUGAAUCAUUCAGAUGUUCAUUGGCAAACUUCAGACGGCCCUGUAUAUGUGCUUUCUUGAGCAGGGGGACCUUGCUGGCACUGCAGGAUUUCAGUCCUUCACGGCGUAGUGUGUUACCAAUUGUUUUCUUGGUGACUAUGGUCCCAGCUGCCUUGAGAUCAUUGACAAGAUCCUCCCGUGUAGUUCUGGGCUGAUUCCUCACCGUUCUCAUGAUCAUUGCAACUCCACUAGGUGAGUUCUUGCAUGGAGCCCCAGGCAGAGGGAGAUUGACAGUUCUUUUGUGUUUCUUCCAUUUGCGAAUAAUCGCACCAACUGUUGUCACCUUCUCACCAAGCUGAUUGGUGAUGGUCUUGUAGCCCAUUCCAGCCUUGUGUAGGUCUACAAUCUUGUCCCUGACAUCCUUGGAGAGCUCUUUGGUCUUGGCCAUGUUGGAGAGUUUGGAAUCUGAUUGAUUGCUUCUGUGUACAGGUGUCUUUUAUACAGGUAACAAGCUGAGAUUAGGAGCACUCCCUUUAAGAGUGUGCUCCUAAUCUCAGCUCGUUACCUGUAUAAAAGACACCUGGGAGCCAGAAAUCUUUCUGAUUGAGAGGGGGUCAAAUACUUAUUUCCCUCAUUAAAAUGCAAAUCAAUUUCAAAAAUUUUUGACAUGGGUUUUUCUGGAUUUUUUUGUUGUUAUUUUGUUUCUCACUGUUCAAAUAAACCUACCAUUAAAAUUAUAGACUGAUCAUUUCUUUGUCAGUGGGCAAAUGUACAAAAUCAGCAGGGGAUCAAAUACGUUUUUCCCUCACUGUAUAGAAAAGCAUGUUUCAAAAUAGGGUCUUUGUGUAUUAUAGAGUUUUCCUGACCCCUUGACCUGACUUGGGGAAACUCGGGGCCCACAUGGUCAGGAAAAACUCAGAACCUAUGUAUAAACGUUGCAUGUAAUGCAAUGGCGAGCUGCAAUUUUCUGAACUCAUUUUGUACAGAAGUGUCCUGUGUAUUUGGAAUGGUACGUCGUUUUUUUAUUUAUGUUAUUUUUGAGCACUGCAAAAGUUAAGAGGACAUAAGAUAUCACCCUCAAUCGUUUACCAACUCCGUCUCACCCGUAGAGCCUCGAUCCUCCACUCCUCUUCAUUCUAUACCUGUCUCUCUCUCUCCACUAUCCUCCACUCCUCUUCAUGCUAUACCUUUCUCUCUCUCUCCACUGUCCUCCACUCCUCUUCAUGCUAUACCUUUCUCUCUCUCUCCACUAUCCUCCACUCCUCUUAUAAUACUCAUGCUAUACCUUUUUCUCUCUCCACUAUCCUCCACUCCUCUUCAUGCUAUACCUUUCUCUCUCUCCACUAUCCUCCACUCCUCUUCAUGCUAUACCUUUUUCUCUCUCCACUAUCCUCCACUCCUCUUCAUUCUAUACCUUUCUCUCUCUCUCCGCUAUCCUCCACUCCUCUUCAUUCUAUACAUCUCCCUCCGCUAUCCCACUCCUCUUCAUCUCUCUCUCCGCUAUCCUCCACUCCUCUUCAUUCUAUACCUUUCUCUCUCUCUGCUAUCCUCCACUCCUCUUCGCUCUAUACCUUUCUCUCUCUCUCUGCUAUCCUCCACUCCUCUUCAUUCUAUACCUUUCUCUCUCUCCACUAUCCUCCACUCCUCUUCAUUCUAUACCUUUCUCUCUCUCCACUAUCCUCCACUCCUCUUCAUUCUAUACCUUUCUCUCUCUCCACUAUCCUCCUCUUGUAUUUUCUUCUCAUCCUCCCCUUUUUUUCUCUGGCCUUUUUGUUUAAUCCUUGGAUGACCUCUCUCUCCUGGUUGACCCCAUCCACAGGAAGCAGUUCCCGUGCUACACGCAGCAGAUCCUCACAGAGCACUGUAACGAGGUGUGGUUCUGUAAAUUCUCCAACGACGGCACCAAGCUGGCCACCGGCUCCAAAGACACCACCGUAAUCAUCUGGCAGGUGGACCCUGUGAGUACCACGCUAAGUCCAUUUCCCCCACACCACCGGCUGUGUACAUUCCCACUAUAUGCCAUAUAGGAGGAGUCAUCUGCUGCUUUAAUGGCAAAGAUAGCCACCAUCUACUGCAGAGGUAGGCAACUAGAUUCAGCCGCGGGACGAUUUUUGUUGGAGCAAACAAAAUUAUAAUACACUGCAAAUUGACCGCAACUAAGCCUGUUGCAGACCCCUGAUCUACUGUCUUCACAUUAGUGCUUUACGCUAACCCAGAGCCUGGUCUGUGUGGUGUCUAGGAGAGCCACCAGUUGAAGCUGCUGCGGACCCUAGAGGGCCAUGCCUACGGUGUGUCCUACCUAGCCUGGAGCCCUGAUGACACCUACCUGAUCGCCUGCGGUCCUGAUGACUGCUCUGAACUCUGGCUCUGGAAUGUCCAAGUAUGGAAAUCCCCAUACAUACAUACAUACAUACAGUGGGGGAAAAAAGUAUUUAGUCAGCCACCAAUUGUGCAAGUUCUCCCACUUACAAAGAUGAGAGAGGCCUGUAAUUUUCAUCAUAGGUACACGUCAACUAUGACAGACAAAAUGAGAAAAAAAAUCCAGAAAUCACAUUGUAGGAUUUUUUAUGAAUUAUUUGCAAAUUAUGGUGGAAAAUAAGUAUUUGGUCAAUAACAAAGUUUCGUCAAUACUUUGUUAUAUACCUUUGUUGGCAAUGACACAGGUCAAACGUUUUCUGUAAGCUUCACAAGGUUUUCACACACUGUGCUGUAUUUGGCCCAUCCUCAUGCAGAUCUCUUCUAGAGCAGUGAUGUUUGGGGCUGUCGCUGGGCACCACGGACUUUCAACUUCCUCCAAAGAUUUCUAUGGGGUUGAGAUCUGGAGACUGGCUAGGCCACUCCAGGACCUUGAAAUGCUUCUUACGAAGCCACUCCUUCAUUGCCCGGGCGGUGUGUUUGGGAUCAGUCAUGCUGAAAGACCCAGCCACGUUUCAUCUUCAAUGCCCUUGCUGAUGGAAGGAGGUUUUCACUCAAAAUCUCACGAUACAUGGCCCCAUUCAUUCUUUCCUUUACACGGAUCAGUCGUCCUGGUCCCUUUGCAGAAAAACAGCCCCAAAGCAUGAUGUUUCCACCCCCAUGCUUCACAGUAGGUAUGGUGUUCUUUGGAUGCAACUCAGCAUUCUUUGUCCUCCAAACACGACAAUUAUAUUUUGGUUUCAUCUGACCAUAUGACAUUCUCCCAAUCCUCUUCUGGAUCAUCCAAAUGCACUCUAGCAAACUUCAGACGGGCCUGGACAUGUACUGGCUUAAGCAGGGGGACACGUCUGGCACUGCAGGAUUUGAGUCCCUGGCGGCGUAGUGUGUUACUGAUGGUAGGCUUUGUUACUUUGGUCCCAGCUCUCUGCAGGUCAUUCACUAGGUCCCCCCGUGUGGUUCUGGGAUUUUUGCUCACCGUUCUUGUGAUCAUUUUGAUCCCACGGGGUGAGAUCUUGCGUGGAGCCCCAGAUCGAGGGAGAUUAUCAGUGGUCUUGUAUGUCUUCCAUUUCCUAAUAAUUGCUCUCACAGUUGAUUUCUUCAAACCAAGCUGCUUACCUAUUGCAGAUUCAGUCUUCCCAGCCUGGUGCAGGUCUACAAUUUUGUUUCUGGUGUCCUUUGACAGCUCUUUGGUCUUGGCCAUAGUGGAGUUUGGAGUGUGACUGUUUGAGGUUGUGGACAGGUGUCUUUUAUACUGAUAACAAGUUCAAACAGGUGCCAUUAAUACAGGUAACGAGUGGAGGACAGACGAGCCUCUUAAAGAAGUUGUUACAGGUCUGUGAGAGCCAGAAAUCUUGCUUGUUUGUAGGUGACCAAAUACUUAUUUUCCACCAUAAUUUGCAAAUAAAUUCAUAAUAAAUCCUACAAUGUGAUUUUCUGGAUUUUUUUUUCUAAAUUUGUCUGUCGUAGUUGACGUGUACCUAUGAUGAAAAUUACAGGCCUCUCAUCUUUUUAAGUGGGAGAACUUGCCCAAUUGGUGGCUGACUAAAUACUUUUUUUCCCCACUGUACCUACAUACACCACACACACACACACACUGGAACAUCCAGGUAUUGCAACCCACACACACACUGCCCGGCAACGCCGUCUGUUAUUGCUGGUAUUCAAUUGGUGCAGGCAUACACUGCAACCGUCCAGGAUGGGGCUUGAAUGAUUGAUUGGAGUUAAUUAGAUAAAUAGAAACAUCAAUUAAUGUAAUCUAUUGGCCAGAUAGUCCCUGAUUUUAAAUGCGACUGAUAAAAACAACCACGCAGUAGACCUCCAGGCUGGGAACUCUUCAGUGUCUGUACUGACUGAGUGGUGUUUGUCCCUUGGUGGGCAGACAGGAGAGUUGCGGACCAAGAUGAGCCAGUCCCACGAGGACAGUCUGACCAGUGUGGCUUGGAACCCUGAUGGGAAACGCUUCGUCACCGGGGGACAGAGGGGACAAUUCUACCAGUGUGUAGGUAUUGGUGUGGGAAGGUGUGUUGUACCAGUUUGCUGUGUGUGUGUGUGUGUGUGAUCUAUCCACCAGAUAUACCAGUUAGUUCUUUCAGUUUGUCCUGCCAGUGUGUGAGUAGAGGGGAGAGUACAGGGUGAUAUGUGAGGAGGAUACAGGACAGCAGGAAUGAAUACACUACAGCGGGGAGGGACUAAUACAGGAUAGCAUAUGGACUGGCUACUUUUAGAUUUGCAGCUUCACACCUUUUAUUGAUUAGCUGACUAGACAGGAACCUGCUGACCUCCAAAACAGAUUGUCAGGAUCUAGUGUGUCGGUGUGUUUGUUACAAACUGUAUUUGUGCAAUUGCUAAAAUGUGUGUCUGAUUUUUCUAUGAGUUUCUAGGGGCAUGAGUGAUUUAACAUUUUGGACUGGCCUGUGUGUGAUUGAUUGAUUCCCAGGAUCUGGACUAUAUCCAUUUGGACCUAUGUAUUUCAUUGAUUGAUUGUUGUGUUAAUGGUAGGACCUGGACGGUAACCUGUUGGACUCAUGGGAGGGCGUGCGUGUGCAGUGCCUCUGGUGUGUGGGGGACGGCAGGACGGUGCUAGCUUCAGACACACACCAGCGGAUCCGGGGUUACAACUUUGAGGACCUAACGGACAGAAACAUGUGAGGGCUGUAUUCAUCAGUUGAUUAACUCAAAAUAUGUAAAGGGAAUGUUGACAGAAGUCUUAGUAAUAAAUAAUGCAUGGUUUAUAUAUUAACAAAUGAUACAUGAGUUACUAAGUGUUUAUUGUUUUAUAAAUAGUUUAUUAAUAGACCUACAAAUGAAGCAAUACUGGAGCAUGUAAUGCGCUCUGAAUUACUAAUCUUACUUAUACAAUUGUCUAUACAGAUAUUGAACAGAACACAGAUUAGUAAUUGACCAUAUUUGUUGUGAAUUUGUCUCUUACAGAGUUCAGGAGGACCACCCUAUCAUGUCUUUCACUGUUUCCAAGAACGGAAGAUUAGCUUUGUUAAAUGUAGCAACUCAGGUGAGUGGGGAUAUGGUGCUAUACCUGAACACUGAAGCGGGUGUGUGUGUGGAGACGUUGGAGGAGUAGGAGUUUGUGGCCGUGCUAAUGGCUGUCUUUAGUGUCUAACUGCUCCCCUCCUCCCUCCAUUCUACCCCCCCACAGGGAGUGCAUCUUUGGGACCUGCAGGACCGGGUGUUGGUGAGGAAGUACCAGGGUGUGACCCAGGGCUUCUACACCAUCCACUCCUGCUUCGGAGGACACAAUGAAGACUUCAUCGCCAGCGGCAGCGAAGGUACCCCCACAGACCCAACAGCAGCCAUUUUAGGCAUCAGCUACUCCUUAAGCUCAGGAUUGGUGUAAUGGCUGAUAUUGAGCCCUAGAACAAACAUGUUUGGGACCUGCAGGCUUCAAUCGAACGCUGCUGGCACCCGCCCACCCGACUAGAAUCGCCACUCUCGACGGGUCUGACCUAGAGUAUGUGGACAACUACAAAUACCUAGGUGUCUGGUUAGACUGUAAACUCUCCUUCCAGACUCACAUUAAGAAUCUCCAAUCCAAAGUUAAAUCUAGAAUCGGCUUCCUAUUUCGCAACAAAGCCUCCUUCACUCAUGCUGCCAAACAUGCCCUCGUAAAACUGACUAUCCUACCGAUCCUUGACUUCGGCGAUGUCAUUUACAAAAUAGCCUCCAACACUCUACUCAGCAAAUUGGAUGUAGUCUAUCACAGUGCCAUCCGUUUUGUCUCCAAAGCCCCAUACACUACCCACCACUGUGACCUGUACGCUCUUGUUGGCUGGUCCUCACUACAUGUUCGUCGUCAAACCCACUGGCUCCAGGCCAUCUAUAAAUCACUGCUAGGCAAAUCCCCGCCUUAUCUUAGCUCAUUGGUCACCAUAGCAGCACCCACCCGUAGUCUGCGCUCCAGCAGGUAUAUCUCACUGGUCAUUCCCAAAGCCAACACCUCCUUUGGCCGCCAUUCCUUCCAGUUCUCUGCUGCCAAUGACUGGAACGAAUUGCAAAAAUCUCUGAAGCUGGAGACUCUUAUCUCCCUCACUAACUUUAAGCAUCAGUUGUCAGAGCACCUUACCGAUCACUGCACCUGUACACAGCCCAUCUGAAAUUAGCCCACCCAACUACCUCAUCCCUAUAUUGUUAUUUAUUUUGCUCUUUUGCACCCCAGUAUCUCUAUUUGCACAUAAUCUCUUGCACAUCUAGCAUUCCAGUGUUAAUACUAAUUGUAAAUAUUUUGCACUAUAGCCUAUUUAUUGCCUUACCUCCAUAACUUGCUACGUUUGCACACACUGUAUAUAUAUUUUCUGUUGUAUUUUUUGACUUUAUGUUUUUUACCCCAUAUGUAACUCUGUGUUGUUUUUAUCGCACUACUAUGCUUUAUCUUGGCCAGGUCGCAGUUGUAAAUAAGAACUUGUUCUCAACUGGCUUACCUGGUUAAAUAAAGGUGAAAUAAAAAAUAAAAUAAAAUAAAAAUAAAUGUUCACCGCUGUAUCCCUCACUAUGGUUGCAUCCCAAUUAUCUCUCACACACAUACACAUGCAGUGACUUUGUCAGUGACUUUGCCUUGCAGCAUAUCAUAGGAAGGUCGACCUUGCCACUUUUUCAAUAUUAAUACCAUUGUACUCCCUCUUCCUCCCCUCUCUUACCCCCUCCACCCCACCUCACUCUACUCUCCCCCUCCCCCUCCCCCUCAGACCAUAAGGUGUAUAUCUGGCACCGGCGCAGUGAGCUGCCCAUCGCUGAGUUGACAGGGCACACUCGCACAGUCAACUGCGUUAGCUGGAACCCUGUCAUCCCAGGCCUCAUGGCCUCCGCCUCGGACGACGGCACCGUGCGUGUCUGGGGCCCGCACCCUUCCUCAACACACAGGAGAUGGACGGACUCAACGGUAACUACGGCUAGCAUUUUGUUAGCUCAAUGGCCGUAAAACGGCUAAAGGUUUUACAGGUAAUUCAUGUCCCUCUCAUCUCUCCCCAGAGAACUGCAGCAACAUGGACAGUUGAUGGUGACUGGAAUGGAAGACUUGUUCUCUUUUACCAACUGACAACAAAUAAACAUCAAAACGAAUCCUAAACCUAACAAAACACAAAACAAAACAGAAACAAAAGUAAAUCAGUUGCGUCUCAUGACCUGGCAAAACUGUGGAGGUGAGGAUGAACACACUCUUAGAAAACCAGGUCUUCAUCCAGAACCAGUGACCUGGAAAAUCCGAUCCACUGGUACUCCCUGCUGGCUUCCUACUCCUCCACCCCUCUCCCAAACAAGGCUACAGCCACAACAGGGGCUUUCCCCUGAAUCUUCCCCUUGGAAACCCACCUCCUCCCUGGGUCACAGGCCUGGUGUCUCUCCAGACAGCCAUUACAGACCAGCCACACUGAUUGGACCGUGUCUGUCUUCUGUCUCUAUCAUGUACCCAUGUGUGUCUGGGGGGGGGGGGGGGUGUUAAAAGAGGUGGGGGGAGUUAUAGCAACUCUUCCUUCUGUUUGUUUUUAUCUUCUCCUUCUGACUCUAGCUCCUUUCUUUGCACUUGAGUUGUUGGACGAAGGCUGAAAAUCUGCACAAAACCAACCGACAAAGUAAAACGCAAAGGCUAUGCUUAUUUUGAUUUUUUUUUUUGCGAUAGUCAGCAUUCUUAUUAUUAUCAUUUAACAGGUGAAUCCUAGGGUUGAACUAGGGGUAGUGGCUGUGGAGUGCUUUAGUGUGAACAAAACGCUCUCAAUUAGGAAAAGCUAUUUUUAUCCCUUUAUAGUCUAAAAUGAACAAACUCGCUACAAAGUCUCACCCUCUGACACCCCCUAUCUCCCCCCUCCCACUUCGGCUGUUAACUGUUCCACUAGAUCUACCUGUGGGGAGGGGGGGAAAGGUGAACUGUUAAAGGGGAGGGUUCAGUGGUAGCUGGUCUCGUGUGAAGCAGCCCUCGUGUUGAGUAUCUCUCUAAGAAGGACAUACUGUUGUCUGUACAUGCAACUUUUCUGUACACUGAGGACUGCAUCUGUCCUUCCUCUUUGUGUAUGUGCGUGUGUCAAUGUGUGUCUGGGUGCGCUUCCGUGUGGUUUGUUUGAAUGCAGGUGCAUGCAGACCUGUGUGUUUCUAUUCACACCAGCAGAAGAUCAUGCUUUCCCCCCUCCUCCCAGUGACAUUUUAAAGAGGCUUUUAAACCCAUUCAGAGUUAAUCCAAAGCCCCAUAGAGGUCGCUAUCUGUGGAACAAAUAAUACUUUAGAGCCAUUUUCUAAACUUUUUUUAAAAUCUGGGGCUUUUCUUUUUACAUUUGACUUUGCUUUUUUUAUAUUUCUCCUUACCACCACCUACCAUUGGAAAGGCACUGAGGGAUCGGCGUUACAUCUGUAUUGUGGGAAAACUUUUAAAAAAGAAAAGUGAAUGACAUGCAUUUCAAAAGAGCUGUAAACAAUGUUGUGAGAAAAGGGUCAUUUCAUAUGAGGAGUUAACGAUUGUAGCGUUGGAGAAAGAGGUUUAUUGUUCCACGUAUAGAAUUACAAUUUUAGAGCGUUCUAACACAAACACCCCACACACCCACAUGUAUACCCAAAACACAACGCUUCACAUUCAGAGGUCUACCCCAAGUCACACCUACAAACGCUCAAUUACAAUAUGAUCGCCUGCUCUUAUCCCCCAGUCUGACAGGACUGGGUAGGUAUAGGGCAAGGUCUUAUGGAUGAAGUGAUCAUAUUGGAAUCUGGCCCACGCCACAAUUCCAUGCACCCUACACAGUAGUACAGCAUUCUUGAAGUUAAAGUUACAUCUUACAUACAGCCCAUACGGAGCGAGAGGGACUUCUGCACAACACCCCUUUCCUUCUCUCCAGUCCACCUUAUCAGUGGUGAAAGCACCAUACAGAGCUUUCUUCCUUUCUGAUUCGGGGUAUGUAAUGACUAUUUGCUAUGAACUGAUAUUACAUGUUUAAAAAUUACUGAAUAUUUUGUUUUAUUUUUUGUUCUCAUUUCAUUAGUUUUUUGGUUGACCCCUCCCUGUAUUAUCAUAUUAAAAUAUAACCAGACAACUGGUGUCCUCAUUCUUUUUUAUUCCGCUUAUAAUUAGUUUUGUCUUUUGGGUAAAAUGUUUACCUUAUCCACCACUUCUUACAUUUUUAUCAGUGAAUAUUCGCAGUAACACUCAUGCCAAUAUGAGUGUGGUGGUUUAUGCUUUGGGAGUGUGUUACCUUAUAAGAAUCAGGUUUAAACUGUCCACCCCUUUAAAAAGAGACUCAAUGUACGGUGAUUGAAUACUUGCAUGUCUGUGGAAUAAGACCGGGGGGGGGGAAUCUAUUUUUGUGGCACUGUUGGUUGCAGUUACCAUUUCUGCCCUUACUAAAACGCUUGAGACCCAAAAGUGGCUCUGUGGGUGUCGUGUGUGUGUGUGUGAUUCCAUGUUGUAAGGUUAGUCUGGAAUGGUCCUUCUCCCAUUCUUGAACCUUCCAUCUCCUGGACCCCUGAAUGGACUUGAACUCCCCAUCCACACCUUAUGUCAUGUCUGAAGAUUUGAGGCAAAUCAAAAGUGAAGAACUCAAAAGCUUUCACAAAGUUAUAAUUCACCUGCUGGUGACAUAUUCUAUGUCUGUAUGCAACUUGGUGUCUACUCUGUUCUUUUGUCUUUUGAUUUUUUUUAUGAUUUGAUGAUGCUAAUAAUAACUAUUUCUCUCUGGAGGUGAUAGGGCUUGGUGGGGGAGUAAGGGUUUUUGGUAGCAGAUUAAAAUAGUUAUUGGGGGAUGGGGACCUGUUUGCGUUUUUAAUGUGUUAUUACAAAAGUGAUUUAACUGUUUUGUAUUGUUGUGUAGGAGAAGUGUUAUGUAUGCAUAUUUUCAAUAAAGCAUUCAGGGUUUUGAAAAAGAGCUGUGGCCCUACAUGGAAUAUCAAGGGGCUGGAGCAUAGUCACUCCCUAAGCACAGAUACAGGAUCAGUUUACCUUAUCCAAUCCUAUCCACAGUCCUCCAUAAUCAUGAGGGGGUACAGAGCUAAACUGACCUUCGAUCAGUGUAAAGGGACAACACCUCUCAACACACUUUAGAGGAAAGCUUGAGUUCUCAGACUGAAAAGAGCUAUCAAUUUUCCUGUGUUUAACUUUGUAUUGUUGAUUGAGUCACACUUGAAAAUUUGAUGACAUUUGGUGUUAAUUCAGAGAAGCCACAUGGCAGGAAAGAAGAAUAAUGUGCAUCAGAGGGGAUCAAAUGCCAAAUGUAGGGGAAAACAAGAUCUGUUGCCAAUAAAAUGUGACUAUUUUGACUAAACCAUCUUGUUUGAAAUACAUUUCUAAUUUGAGAUGCAUGUGUGUUGACGCCAUUAUCUUCGCCAGUUAUUAUACAGGUCAUAGACUAAAUGUAUUACCUCCAUAUAUAGACCAAUUGUCUCCAUUCCUCUUUACAUUAGCUCAACACCGCCCCCAGGUGGGAAAUUAUAUUAUUGCAAUAACAUUUUCCAUAGUAUUUUAUUUACAUAACAUAGCCUACAUACAAGAACCCAGUCCAUGGUUCAAAGCCGAAAUAACCAAGUCAAUACAAUAUUCAACAUUUAUUUAUUUGUUUGACCUGUUCCUCCAGUUUGCAACAAUAGGGAAAAUAUGCCAAAUGUGUAUUUUAAAUGAGAAUCCUAUAUGCUACUGACCACAGUCACACAUACUCGAAGAUUAAAUAGUAAGAAUUGCAUAGUUUUAAAAAAGGUACUCUAAAACACGUCAAAAACCAUGUUUGUUUUGAUCUUCGAGAGGGAACUCACAUUUGGGCUCCCAAGUGGCGCAGCGGUCUAAGGCACUGCAUUGCAGUGUUAGAGGCGUCACUACAGACCGUGGUCGAUCCUGGGUUGUAUCACAACCGAUUGGGAGUCCCAUAGGGCGGCGCACAAUUGGCCCAGCGUCAUUAAGGUUUGGCCAGGGUAGGCCGUCAUUGUAAAUAAGAAUUUGUUCUUAAAGGUUAAAUAAAAACUACAAAAUCUCCAAUAGUAGAGGAUGGAGGCCCACCAAUCGUGACGUCAGAGUCCGCGAGCUUCCACCCACUGUUCUACAGUCCCGGUUCAUCAUUUACAUAUCGCGGACGAUAGCGCACCAUCCAGGGUUAGCGCAGCCCGAACCGAGUCCCUGCAUCAGUCAUGGCGGCGCCGUUAGCCCACUUCGACGAAGACUGGCAGGAUUUCAAUGAAUUCAAGGCGGCCUCUGGGUCGCCGAACCGACUGGACCAGCUGAACUCGAACAUGGCUGACACGGGCCUGGUGGAAGAUUUCUCAGACCUCGACAGCUUCUCGGGGGACAUAUGCAGCUUCACAUCAAUGGAGGACCUUGUCCAAGACUUCGAUGAGAAACUGACAGUUUGCUUUCGAAAUUACAACACCAAGACUGAAAACAUAGCCCCCAUUAAACCUAUCACAGAAGAUAAUUUCCUCAAAGACGACGAGUGA